UAUGGAUUCUAAUUAUGUUUUAAAAGGAGAUGAAUUUAUGAUGAAAGGUGAUAAAGCCCUUAAAGGUAGCUAUUAAUAUAAAUAAAAGGUUCAACUUUUGGGAAUAUUUUUGGAUCAAAAGGAGAAAGAGCAGAAAAGGCUCUUGAAUUGUAUAAGUCAGCAGCUACACAAUAUAAAUUGGGCAAAAAAUGGGAAAAAGCAUGUGAAGCAUAUUAACGUUGUAUAACUUGUGAUUAAACUCUAAAAUCUGGAGAAACUGGUGAUUUUUAUGUUGAAGCAGCUAAAGCAAUAAGUAAUGUAAAUAAAGCUGGUAUACUAAUAUAAUUUUGAGUAUAGAAUCAAUAUAAUUGUAUGAGAAAGCAAUAGAACAUUAUGCAAAUGAGAAUAGAUUAGACAAUGCAUCAAGAUAUAAAAAGGAGAUUGCUUAAAUAUAUGAAUCAGAGUUUGAAUUCCAUUUAGCAGUAAAAGCAUAUUAGGAAGCUGCAGAUUUAUUUUAGGCAGAUGGGAAACGAACAUCUGAUUAUAACUAAAUGAGAUUAAAAGUUGCAGAAUUAUCAACAUUAAAUGCUUCAGGUGAUUUAAUUGCUGCUAUAAAGGUUUUAAUUGGAUUUAUUAAUUAGAUAUUUGAAGAAAUUGGUGAUAAAUAUAUGGAAAAUAAAUUGACAGCUCCAAGUGCUAAAGAACUAUACUUUAAAUCAUGUUUACUAUAUUUAUGCAAUAAUGUAUAAUAUUGAAAAAUCAAAUAAAAUAGGAUUCAGUAGGAUGUGGAAUUGCCCUUGAGAGAUACUUAGAUAAAGAUCCUAGUUUUGGUUCAGCCAGAUAAUAUAAAUUUAUUGUUAAUUUAAUUAAGGCUGUUGAUAAUAAUAAUGUGUAAAUGUUUUCAGAUGAAUGGUACACUAUAUUAUGGUAAUUACAGUUUUGAAUUCAAUAAAAUAAUACCUUUGGACAAAUGGAAAUUGAAUGUUUUAAACAAGAUCAAAGAAGGAAUGCAACCAAUUUAAUAAGUAGAAGAUGGAGGUUUUAGGUGAU